CCACACGUGUGGGACUGAGGGCCGAGGUGGGUUGGAAAAUGGCAUGCCCUGGCGAGAAAAUUAGCGAGGAUACACGGGAUUGGCCGAGUAUAUGCACACUAUACACCGAUUGCCUGUUAGUAAUCUCGCUUCGCCCGCUUAAUAAUUCCCUGCCUGCCACUGACUAAUUGUUCACAAGGGGGGCUUUGGCAGAUGUCGACAUUGCAGAUGUGCAUGUCGCCCUACUUCGCAUCCCUCACCCUCAUCCGAGCCUGCCUGGAAACAAGUAUUUAAACGGGACCACCUCCCAGCAUCACUCCACUUCCUUUGUCACACAAACUCAAUACCACAUCUUUAGUCUCCAAACUUGAAAUGGCUCUCCCCAAGGUUUUCAUCAUCUACUACUCGACCUACGGCCACGUCCGCAAGCUCAGCGAGUCCAUCAAGCAGGGUCUCGAUAACACCGGCCUGGUCACCACCGAGAUCUACCAGGUUGCUGAGACGCUCUCUGACGAGAUUCUGGGCAAGAUGGGCGCUCCGCCCAAGGCCGACCACCCGGUGAUCACCGCCGCGAAGCUGGCCGAGGCUGACGGCUUCCUGUUCGGUAUCCCGACGCGCUACGGUACCGCGGCCGCCCAGAUCAAGUCGUUCUUCGACUCGACCGGCCAGCUGUGGGCCAAGGGCGCCCUGCAGGGCAAGGCCGGAGGCUUCUUCUUCUCCACUGCCUCGCAGCAUGGUGGCCAGGAGACCACGGCCAUGACGUUCCUGCCCAACUUUGCCCACCACGGCAUCAUUUACGUGCCGCUGGGAUACAAGAACCCGAACCUGCACAUCAACACCGAGGUCGUCGGUGGCUCGCCGUGGGGCGCCGGCACCGUUGCUAAUGGUGAUGGCUCGCGCCAGCCGUCCGAGCUCGAGCUUGAGAUUGCUGUCACCCAGGGCGAGGAGUUCGCUAAGGUUAUCGCCAAGCUCGCUGCUUAACUUGUUUAGUUAUCUCCAAUAUACUAUUGCCUCCAUUACGCGACAUAGAUA